CCUUCUACAAGCCUGGAAGCUUCGACUAUAUAUGUACCAUUACUACGUCACGUUCACGCACUGCAUAGUGUAGAAAGCCUGAUUAGCACCGAGUAGCAGCUGCCGUAUAUAGUUAAUUUUCGGUAAGAUGAGCGAUAACGAAAAAGGACGGGUUAAGGUUGGACGAAGACAGUGCAGAAGAAGUCUCGCGUCCACUUUAUUUUCAAUAUUAUGAAGCUCAGAUGUGUGAAGCUGAAUUGUUGAAUGCAUGCUAAAACAUGAGGAGGGAAGAAGUGUGGGCAGUGUGUGAAAUGGGGGAAGUAAGAAGAAAUAAGACAAUUGAAGAAAGAAGAAUUUUUGUGAAGUAAUGAAGAAUAAUGUGAAGUAAUGAAGUUUCAGAAAUGAAGUUAAGGAAGUAAUCUGGAUAAGGUCACUGCGCUAAGUCAUUUUCUGGAGUCUCGCUCUGCGUCUAGGAGCGGGAGUGCACAGGGCUCAGGGAAGUCUGCAAGUCGCUCCCCAGCUCACUCACCUGCUCCUUCCAAAGAAGGCUCGCACCACUCCCGCUCCAAAUCUCGCUCCCGAUCCAGGUCAAAAUCUGCGUCCCAAUCCCACCAUGGCUCACGCAGGUAUUACAGCCAGUCUCGCUCCCGCUCAAGGUCCUAUCAUCGGCACUCUCGCAGUAGAUCCUACAGUGGAGAGCGCCGCCGCCGGAGCCAUAGUCGAUCACCCAUGUCUAAUCGCCGCAGGCACAUCGGCAACCGCGCAAAUCCAGAUCCAAACUGUUGCCUGGGAGUGUUUGGGCUGAGUUUGUACACCACAGAGCGAGAUUUGAGGGAUGUCUUCUCUAAAUAUGGUCCCCUGGCAGACGUCAGUAUCGUGUAUGACCAACAGUCGAGGCGCUCCAGGGGCUUUGCUUUUGUUUACUUUGAGAACAAAGGCGAUGCUAAAGAGGCAAAGGACAGAGCCAAUGGCAUGGAGCUGGAUGGGCGAAGGAUUAGAGUAGAUUUCUCCAUCACUAAAAGACCUCACACUCCAACUCCUGGAAUCUACAUGGGCCGGCCAACAUAUGGUGGAGGUGGGCCGAGUGGUCCGCGGCGCUAUUCACGUGACUACGACCGCGGGUAUGAUCGUGGAUACGACAGGGGUGGUUACGAUCGCUACGAAGACAGGGACUACUACCGAUCGUACAGAAGGCGAUCUCCGUCACCGUACUACAGAGGGGCUUACAGGUCCCGGUCCAGAUCUCGCUCUUAUUCUCCCCGGCGCUAUUGAAUAUUACUGGCAAGGAGAAUCUUCUCUUUACAAGCACAUACAGAAAAUGUUUGAGUGGAAAAAAAAGCAUUUUAGAGUACAGUUACUUUGUUUAGGUAACUGCCACAUUUUUGUUUUCUGUUCUGCAUUAGGAUUAAACCUAAGCUGACUAUCUGUCCCACUCUGUUUUAAAUUUUAAAUGUACAGGCAACACCUGCCAUAAAUAUUAUGACUGCUUUGGCAUUUGUAUACAGAUUAAGUCAAAUUCAUCUUUAAAUAGAUUAAAAGUGUUUGUUUUACUUUGA